AUGACAGAAGUUGAGACUAGCAGCCAAGUACAAGUGACAGAACCAGAAGUGAACAACUCCGAAACGGUGCCCAGGACGGUGGUAGACCCGGAAACAACGAUUUUUAUCGGUAAUGUGGCACGCGAUUGUACAGAAGAAGACUUAAAGAGUGUCUUUGGUGACGAAGUCGAAGUUGAGAUCCCGUCGACCAAGAGUGGCCGGUUUUUCAAGCAGAGAUACGCGUUUGUCAAGUACCCGUCGAAGAUUGACUUUGACGCCAUCCGCGAAAAACACGACAGAACCGUGGUGAAAGAAAGAGGCAUCUACAUUAGACGUGCGCAGACGCAAGAAGAAAGAGACGCGAAGCGUACUGCACGGGCCAGUCAGCAGCAGCAGAAAAAAGGCGAAACGGCCCAUAGAGUGGCGCGCAAGUCUGUACCUGCGCCCCCUCAGAAACCUGAAAGGACCAAAGCACCUUUGGAAACAAUGGAGCGGUCCAAGGACACGCUUUACGUCAACAACGUUCCAUAUCACGCUACGAAAGAGCAAAUUGCCGAGUUUUUCAGCACGCAACCGGAACUCGUGGUGCUUCCUUUGAGAAGGAUGCGCGACGUGAAAACCAAGAAAUUCUUCUUUUCUAAGAAGAUGAAUCGUGGUAUUGCAUUUGUCACUUUUGAGAACUGCACCGAUAUCGCUGCUAAAGUGGACGAAUUCAAGGGUAAGAAAUUUAACGACCGUGAGCUUGCCGUUGACGUUGCAGCGCUAAAGCCAGACCGCAGCAAUGACAAAGAGCAAACUGAGGAGUCUCCCGCACUAGCUGACGACAAGCCAGUAGCAACAGACUCGGAACAAGUCUCUGCAUGA